CAGCUGAGGCCUCCAAUAUUGUUUUUUGUGUGACUCUGCAUGCAUGCAUACGAGUGUGUAUGUCAUGUUUAUAAGCUAUGCAUGCCGCUCCACGUGUUUGUGUGUGUGUGUCUGCGUGUGUGUGUGUGUGUGUUUAUGUGUGAGAGGUAAAGCUGUGUGUGUUCUUACUAUUGCGGUGGUGCAAUGAUGGAAAACCUAUCUAGUUUUCCUCUGUGUCACAGCAGCGGUGCCCCUAAUGGUUUAAAACAAGGAGCGAGGAGGGGGUUGGUCGGAGGGACACAGAGAUGGUAACACUGCAGAGGAGGAAGUCCGAGAAAGAAGUUUAUCGGAAUUUGAAUAUUUAUGAAACAAAUGUUCGUCUUUCGCUGGUAGAAGAGGGGAAGAACGAGGACCCAUAGGAAGGGGGAGGAAGAAGGAAAGAUCCACAGACUCUUAGCUCUCUAAUUGUGGGUGUGUCUACAUCUAUAAGUGCCUUCACUCUCACCUGUGUUACUUAUAUCCCUGCAUGAGGCUCAGAACAGACACACACACCUGUCAGCCGACACACCUGCCCUGCACUCAACAAGUUGCACUUCCUGCUCUACAGUCCGUCUUCAGGCUACCAUCCAGAUGUCGCUGUGCAUGACCUCACAUUUCUGCCUGCUGGUCCUUCCAGUGACAUCACUCCUGCUACUCUUCUCUCCCAUUGGUUGGAGCUUUGAUGGCCCCACCCCAGGGUGUCACUUGCACCCCUUCAAUGUGACCAUCCGCAGUGAUCGCAGGGGGACAUGUAAAGGCACCCACCUGGUCUAUGCAUGUGUGGGCUACUGCGAGUCCAGCGCCUUCCCCUCCAGGUACUCAGUGCUGGUGGCAUCAAACUUCACCCACAACAUCACCUCCGCGUCUAGAUGCUGCACCAUCAGCAAGGAUGCUAAAGUGAAAGUGCGUCUGGACUGUCCUCGAGGUCGUCACCAUGAAGAAAUGGAGAUCCUAACAGCGAAGGCCUGCCGCUGUGACAUGUGCCGCAAAUCUCGCUACUGACACUGCAAGACAGUCCACUGCGUACCCAGCACACCACAGGACAAAGAACCACAUUAUUACUCAGUCAGACGAGCGGUACAAAGAGAUACGAGAGUCCAAGUGAUGCAGCAGAAACAAAACCUUCUUCAAAUCCAGCUUUAGAGAAAAAAGCCUUCGAACAAGUUACUGUCAAUGUGAGUGUGUUUGUGUUAGUGUGUGUUUGUGUUAGUGUGUGUGUGUGUUUGUGUCCAUACUGAUGUCAGGUUUUUUAAGUUGAUUGAAAUGCAUUUGUGUUACUGGCUGAAUCUGUUUUUUUUGUUUUUGUUUUACUUUGCUUCAAGGCUUGACACACUCGACUUUUUGAGCAGCUAAAAAUAAAAAAACUGUUCCACUUUUAUUCAUUCUUUUACAGCAUAGCAAGGGUUAGCACACAGGCAGUCCAGAAGUCAAACUCACUACCCACAAACGAUAAAUAUCACUUUAAAUUAAGGUUCAUGACUUAGUGUGAUAAACAAAACAGUCAAGAUAUUGCGACCCCCUUUUUGAAAUCAACAAAAAGGUCGCACAGCAGUUGAAUUCAUUCUUUGCAGUAACCACUAUCCACAGACGAGAGACCAAAGAAUGUACAAAUUUAUUUAUAUUUAUGAAUUUGAACUGAAAGAUAUUUUGUAAAUAAUAUCUAUUGAUGAAACCAAAGAAUGUUGGAAACGUCGCUGAAAUGAAAAGAGAAAGAAUGCACUGUAUAGUUUUGUGACGAAACUGUUUUCAAUAAAUUUCUAUUCUGCACAAGUCA